CUGAUAUUAGUAUUUAUCACAGUGAUUAAUCAUUGUCAGUAACCGCCCACUGGCCUCUAGGCAUUGGAAGCUCAAUUGAAGAAAAAUCAUAUGUGGUACUGCAUGAAGGGUCCUGGGCCCCAUGUGUGCUGCACUGGGGCCCCUGCUGGGAUGUAGGUAUUAGCAGGUGGAGGCAGGGUAAAACCCUAAAAUGGCCACCAGACCCUGCUCACCAUCAUCACCAGCAUCAUCACCAGCAUCACCGCCAGCAGCAGCAGCAGCAGCACCACCACCACCUCAGAAGCCCAUCCCCUAGCGUUCGUCCCGGGAAUGUACCGUGUGUGCGCAUGGGCGGAGAAACUGCCGCUGUGCGCUGUUAUUAUUGUUAGAGUAAUUUCUUUUUUACGAAAAUGGCGUCCAGUCAGGGAGGUGUGGGAGCUGUCACGGCGCCCCAGAACCAUCACAUAUCCGGCGGACCUCACUGGAGCCCGGGCGUCAGCCAGUUCCAGCAGCAGCAGCAGCAGCAGCAGCAGCAGCACCACACGGCCCGCAGCCUGGACCGGGCUCUGGAUGACGCCGUGUGCUCGGGGCUGCUGAACCUGAGCGGCAGGAGGCUGAGGGAGUACCCGGGUGUGAGCUACGAUCUGACCGACACAACACAAGCAGAUUUGUCCAAGAAUCGCCUCACAGAAAUCCCUCCAGAAGUGUGUCUGUUUGCCCCCCUCGAAUCGCUCCAUCUCUACCACAACUGCAUCAAGUGCAUCCCAGAGGCCAUCAUCAAUCUGCAGAUGCUGACUUAUCUUGACGUCAGUCGAAAUCUCCUGUCAGUUUUGCCAAAAUACCUGUUCAGCCUCCCCCUCAAAGUUUUGCUUGUGAGCAACAACAAGCUGGUGUCCAUCCCGGAAGAGAUCGGCAAGGCCAAAGAGUUGAUGGAAUUGGACGUGAGCUGUAAUGAGAUCCAGGUGCUGCCAGCUCAGGUGGGGAGGCUUCAUGCCUUACGAGAACUCAACAUCAGGAAGAAUUGUCUUCACAUGCUGCCUGAGGAGCUGGCUGACCUGCCUCUCGUCCGAAUCGAUUUCUCCUGCAAUAAGAUCACGGAGAUUCCUCCAGCCUACAGGAAGCUGCAGCAGCUGCAGCACAUCAUCCUAGACAACAAUCCUAUGCAGUCUCCACCAGCACAGAUUUGUCUCAAGGGCAAAGUGCACAUAUUCAAGUACCUGAACAUCCAGGCGUGUAGGAUGGACAAGAAACCAGACACCCUGGACCUCCCCUCCCUCGGCAAACGUUGCCUCCCUCAGCCACUUACUGAUAGCAUGGAAGAUUUCUAUCCCAGUAAGAACCACGGGCCGGACUCUGGUAUUGGUAGUGACAACGGCGACAAGAGGCUUUCUACAACAGAGCCUUCAGAUGACGACACCGUCAGCCUGCACUCGCAGGUUUCAGAGACAGCCCGUGCCGAUGCCCUCUCGCUCCUCUCCAAAAUGGACUCCUGCAAAGAUCAGGAUCUCUAUGACUUCAUAGAGCCCAACCAGGACGAGGAUUCUGCGCUGUCAGAGUGUGACGGGCAGCAGAGCACUCGUAUGUCUUGUAUAAAGGAACUGGAGAAAGUUCUCCACAUGUCUCAACAAAGCAAAGAUAAGGACAGCUGGAAGGAGGAGUCGGGUUCUGACAAGGAGCAGCUAGUUGAGGAAGAGGAUGAUGAGCUGAAGGAAGUGCUGGAUCUGAGGAAGAUUGCUGUUCAGCUUUUGCAGCAGGAGCAGCAGAAUAGACGGCGAUCCUUAAUUUGCAGAGCAGAGAGUCUUAUUCACCGGCGGAGAGUGACUGGCCGGGCGCACAGAUUUCUUAGUCACUCUGGAAGCUCCGGCAGCAAGCCCAGGCCUCCGCCUCAGGCCGCUCGAAGUGCUUCUCUGGAUGAAGGCAGUAGUGGAGCAUCAGUGCUUAGUGGACAGCCGUCUUCUUCUUGCUCCUUUGAUGGCAGCCUGAAGACAGAUCAGUCCGAUUCGGAGCCAAAGUGGCCCGAAAUCCCACCCGUCCUCAAUCAGAAUGAAGAGCGCAGGCGGAACAAGUACCUGAGAAAGGAUUAUCUAAAGUACAAGUGUCAGAGUUCUCGGAAAAACUCCUGUGGGAAUGAUGACUGUGAGGAAGGCUUACGCAAUGCUGACUUCAGCACCACUUUGACUGUGUUUGGACUAAAGCCAAGAUCAGCCUUCACUAGAGGAAGCCGUCAGGAGUACAGCUCGACAGACCCCAGUUUCACGAUGAGGAGGAAGAUGGAGCACUUCCGAGAGGAAAUGGAGCAAAUAGGACUUCUACGGCAGAACAUUGAGUCCAGACUCAAAGUGCUGCUCCCAGAUGAUGUUGGAGCUGCCCUAAUGGACGGGGUUGUCCUUUGCCAUUUAGCCAAUCACAUUUGCCCUCGGUCUGUUGCCAGCAUCCAUGUACCGUCGCCUGCAGUGCCAAAGCUCAGCAUGGCUAAAUGCCGUAGGAAUGUUGAGAACUUCUUGGAUGCCUGUAAAAAGCUGGGCGUUCCACAGGACGAGCUGUGUCUGCCCCAUCACAUCCUAGAGGAGCGCGGUCUGGUGAAGGUGGGUGUGACGGUCCAGGCUCUGCUGGACCUGCCCGCCCUGAAGCCCUCACAGCUGUCAGCUGUUUGACACGAGCCGGAAUGUCGAAUCCAAGCUGCAGCCAUCCAGCCAACUCCUGCCCCGGCCCAAACCCACACCCUAUCGCCAGGGACCAGAGAGCCCCUCCGGGUGAGGACCCAGUGGAUUUUCUGCCUGAUUGAAACAGGAGACAGGAGGCUGCAAAGCCCCCGUCUCCUCAUAUGAUGUCAGCCGCCGCCCACCUCCUGUCCAUCACAUCCCCAUUUGCAUCCUGUUCUAGUUACUCGGGUUCCCCUGUACUGUAUGUGUGUGUGUGUGUGUGGACUUGCAAUGUGACUGUGUUUUCCUGAGCUGCACAGUUUGGGCUGGCUGAGAGGGGACAGACGAGACAAAGGGUCUGUAGAAAAGACCUGUGCAUCCCUCUCGGCACGCUCAGUGUUAUUGAGCCCAUAAGUGCCAGUGCUUACAACAUUUCCACGCAGCUGUUGGACGCAUUGUCGAGGAGGCGACGGACAUUUGACUUCACUGUUCCACUGAAGCAGACUGAAGCUGCACGCUGGCCUCAUAACCCCCAAACCACUUCUUGACCUCGAGUGGUUCUCAUCCUCUUGAGUUUCUUACUCUUUUGUGUGUUGUUGAUUUUUUUUUACACGUUUUCCAUCAGGACACUACUGUACCUCAUUUUCAGUAGCCGAGCCCGAUUUUAUAAUUGCCAAGUAUUGCAUUUUAGCAAUUGCAUCUUCUCUGCUUAUCGAGAGAGACUGCAAGGCUCACCCCCUCCAAGGCAAAGUCUUGUCAACAGAAAGGGGGUUGAUUCUGUCCCAAACAUUGCGCAAGAGCCGAUCACGUUCACGUGAUCAACUUUACGGAUUUGUAAACUGAAACUGAAAGUUAUGUGAACAGUAAAACAGCACUGUGUAUUUUGAACAAACAAACUCCUUACUAAUGGAUCCUUUUUUCCACAGGACAACAUCCAUCUUAUUGUCAGUUGGUUGGCGUGCAAUUUCUUUCUUUUUUUCUUUUUUUCUUUUUUUCUGGAGAAGAUGAAAUUCAACGUGGCAGCCGCAGUGCACCAUUCAUUUCAUAGUUCUCACACCUUCAGUGAGCUUGGAAAGACGUUUUGUCUCUUUACACAAAACACCAUUUGAUGUGGAGGUUAGUGAUGUCAGUGAAUGAAAUGUUGGUAAUUCAAGCGCCGUACCUCACACGGCUACGGAGGAGACUGGGUUUGAAGAGAAGCUGAGGAUUUCAUGACCUGUGUCAAUAUGACAUCAAUUAAAUAUCAAUUAAAGGUCGUCCGGCUAUGGGACAUGCUUUGCUGAUAUAAGUUUUUAUGUCAUCAAACAGCACUGUGACGUCUAAAAAACCUAAAAUAUUGUGCCUUACUGGAGGGGUUUGUUAAAUUAUUUCAUGACUUUAUUAUAUCCAGCAGUCAUUUCUGUUUUUUGAAACCCAUGGUUAAUAGUUUUAGACAUGUACCUCUUUUUUUCACCUGCACGUGAACAGGAGGCUUCAGAUUUUGUUUAACAGAAGCGGUUCUGCUGAUGAGCUGCAGCUCCACUUGGCCAUCAAACUGGUCGGAGAGAUCACAUUCAUAUCUACUGUAAGUCCUUUGGUCCUCAUAGUACAAGUGUCACUUGUGUGUGCCAUGGUCAGACAUCCCAACAUGAAUAUUGCUCAUGAGAGCCUCAGCUUCCUCUUUGUGCCGUCAUGUUCCAAAGAUCAGAAACCACAGAGAUACAGAAUUGUACAGGGCUUCCAGCUUAUCAGGCCUCGAGUGUAGAAUAUGCAGAAAUCAGUCAACCGUUGAACCUUAUUUCUUUUCAUUAUGAUUUCAGAAAAUCACUGAGUGACAUUAGUCUUGAGGCAAAUGCAAAUCCCUCAAAAACAGUCCACAAGUAGCCUUGUCCAUUACUCUGUUUUCUAAUGCUGCAGACGGGUCAUCUUUUACAGUCCUAUAGCAACCAUGUAUUUAACAAACAAGCAGCUCUUUAAAGGACGCACACACACACACACACACACACACACACACACACACACAACCACACAACAGGGAGGACCAAACUCAACAAGGGGAAGAAAAACAAACAAAGUUAAUCCAGCUGACAGCACGAGCCGUGACCUGGGUAUCUGUUAAAGUAACACUGAUCAAAAUCUGAUUCUUUUAAUAAGCCUAGUUGCCACACAGAGAUAAACCUCCAUAGGAAACUAAUGAUAAUGUUACUUGUGCACAUCAAAUGUCCCAGUGGACAGCAUCUUAGAACGGCAUCUACAGAGCAAGUUCAUUCAUCACCUAAUGAAAUGUUCGUCUCUUAUGAAACACUAGUAGAUCAUUUGAAAAAUAACUCAAAAGAGGGGCACUCUGGGUUAUGUUCGCGUAACAGAAGCUGUCUAACUAUAUCUGGACGACAAGAGUCCCCAGGAAAUGCAUUAUUGCUGAUGGUAGCAUUGUUACAUCUCAUGAGCGUUUGGAUUUGGAUUUAGUUCCAUUUGCCAAAAACUGAUUUCAACUUACUGCAAUAACUCACUGUACGCUCCGCUGUUGUAUAUGUCACUGCACAUAUUCAGCUGUCUUGGGUUUCCCAGGUGACGCACGCUUUACUCAAGUUUUGGAUUCACACAAGUAGAGGAGCUGAAAAGAAAUUUGUCGAAAGAAAGAAAGACAGAAACACAGAAAGAAAGGCAAAAUGUUCUUGUUCUUCACCCAUUCUUGUAAGUAUAAUGUGUCACAGUGAUGUCUAUGUGCGUCAGAUACCUCACAAGAACUGGUUUGAAUUUCCUUCACUUCUCAGUUGUACAUCCUAAAGGUGAGGUGACUCAUCCAUCUGCUCGCUCAGGGGAGCAGAACAACAGACAGACUUCUGUUCUCUGUUUUGUAAUGCAGCAUGCCUUAUCUUUGUUUUACCUGCAUACACUGCUGUACGUGCCGUGGCCCUUUCAAUCAUUAUUUGUACUGUUAAUGAACCCGGUGCCAUAUCCCUCAAGGCGAAACAUCCUUGUGGCCACUAUCAUUCAUGUAAUCAACCUUAAAACAACAGUCGGGAGUUUACGGGACAUCGAGAAAUCCUUAAAACCCAGACGAAUUCUGGGAGCUCAUUUAUUUUGGCUCGGCCAGGAAACUCUUGCUCCCCCCUAUCCCUGAUACACAUUUGAGUAUUAGUCUGACUACGCCAGGCUAAUAAUACAAGGCUCUGAGUCUGACGAAUCACUUGCAAAUCUGCUAAAUCUGGCCACAUUUAUGUUGAAAUAUUCUCUUACAGCACAGUGAUUCUUUGCUAAGUUGUGGUGGAGGCAUAUAGCAACAUAAAGAUGGGAUGUGGUGCUGCGAAGACUGUAAACAUGCCCACUUGAUUUCUAACUCCUGACUCCUUAAGCCUCAUAUCAACUGACUGAACUUAACUAAGUGUCUUUAACACACAAACUGGGGGUUUUGUUCCUCCUACACUAAAGUUGUCGGCUUGUGAAAUUUCUUCAGGGUCAGUGUGGUUGAAGGAAUGAUUGUACAUAUUUUUCUCUGCACAAAUAUUGUUUUAAGACUGACUUGUGAACCUAUUCUUAAAGAGGUGGAAAUCCCACAGUAUGUUGAUGAUCAUUUUUUAACACAUGCGUGUGUGUCAUAUGUGAACAUAGUGUUUAACCUGGAGAACAGUUCUCUCCAGCUCAUGUUUGUUCUUGUACAGAUCCGACUUGCUGGGGCAAGUUUGCCUCUUUUUUGAGAAAUAGCAAAGUCCAGAUUUUAAUUUUGUUUUUUUAAUUUUCACUUUGCUUUCCCAUGACACUCCCUUUACAGCACACUGAAAACACACACAUCAAAUGGACACCUCACAACAGAUAUCAGCAAGCUAUGAUGUAACAAUUGUCAUCUCAUCCAAAGAAAACCGUGAACAAGUAACUAAUGCCUAAACGCUACACUGCCGCGAAGAAGUCAAGCUCAAGUAUACAAGCUUUUUGUAUUUUAAAACAAGUCAAAUGCAUGCAAGAAUACUGAAUGACUGGACCUGUACAUAUCAUCUGUAUAAAUUCCUGGGUUUUCUUAAACAGCAAACGUGGUCAAUAUGAAAUAAAGUCCAACUCUUUGCA